GGCUUUAUUUAAAGAUUUUAUUAAACCAAUUCUUGAUAAUAUUCGUCAAUUACAAUCUGGAAAAAUUAUAAAUACUUUGGAAGGAGAAAUAUGGCUUAUUGGUAGAUUUGGCUAUAUUAUAGCCGAUUUGUCCCAAGGUAAUGACCUUGCUAGUGUGCUUAGACAUAAUGCAAAUUAUGGUUGCAGAACUUGUUCUGUAUCUACUGUACAACAAACAAACUAUGCUCGUCGACAACUAUCUAGUCAAUAUGGACUUAGUGCAAAGCCAAUUCUUGAUACUCUUUAUUGGGACAGACAUUUACAAUCACUGCAAGAUGCUUAUCAUACACUUGCUGGUAAAGCUACACGUUUUCUAGAUAUAACUCUUAGAUAUUUAAAUACUAAUAGAGAAGUAGCUUGGCUUAAGUAUUGGAAAAGUAUUAAAAAACCAGCAAGAUGGUCACAGAUGCCAAAUCUGCUAACCUAUUAUCAUAGUUUUAUAUUUUCAGAUACUUUAUGCUUGGCAAUGUUAAUACCAUUUAUUUUAUGUUACUUUUUAUCACCUUCAUAUUUAAAGGCUGAAAUAAUUGAAUAUUUAAAAAAUAUAUAUAAGCUUACUCGUAAUGAUUAUGCUAUUAUUAAACUAAUAGAACUUUGGGUAGUUGAAGUAAAACUACUUAAGUUGGCUUUCUCAACAACAAUGACAAAUGACACUUAUAAGAAGCUUUGCAGUUUGUUUGAAAAAGAACGAAUUGGUUUUUUAAAGAUUUUUCCUGACAUAUUUGAAAACUUACCUAAUAAUGUAAAUGUCCAUUUGCCACAACAUGCUCAUACAUUUGCAACUCUUGUGAACACAUCUGUUGGAGUCAAAGAAAUGAUACACGAACAUACAAAAAUAUG